AUGGUUAUAAGCCUUGGUGGCCUCAGAAAGGCGCCAGGUAUCCGCAACGCUGCGAGUCUCAUCUUUCAUCCCGAGUAUUGCCGUGACGGAGUGCGUCCGGAUGAUCUGACUCCCACUCCACAGCAAUGCGCUGCUGUCCUGAUGCAUGUACUUUGCGAGCCUGAAUUCGGGGACGGAAGUAUGGUGGAGAGGAAGUUGGUUGGAAGCAAGGAUGAUAACUCCGAUAGCGUCAGGGAGAGAAUGAUCCUGACUGUACCGAGUGCAACCAGUGCACGGUUUCCCAGGUUUUACAACCGAUUGCGCUGCGAGGUGAUCUAUUCGGAAAACACAUACUAG